UGUGCAAUGGGUGUCGUAACUAAAAAUACAAUUUCUUCACUAUAAAUUGACUGAAUUAUUAUAAUUUUUGAGUGUCAUAUAUAUUCCUGAAAUGGCUAUUUCCGAGUAUGUGGCGUCCUUGUCCCAAAACCCAUAUUUCGGUGCCGGUUUCGGCUUAUUUAGCGUUGGAGCCGGUGCCGCGAUCUUGCGAAAAGGUUUCCAGACCUCUGUGAUGUUAUUUCGAAGACACUGUAUGAUAACUCUUGAAGUUCCCUGCCGAGAUAAAUCCUACCAGUGGUUGUUGCAAUGGAUAACUCAGAAAGGCGCCAAACAAACCCAACAUCUAAGUGUAGAAACCUCAUUCCUGCAAAAAGAUACUGGGCAAAUUAAAACUAAAUACGACUUUAUACCUAGUGUAGGCCAACACUUCUUUAGGUAUCGAGGUUCGUGGAUCAAAGUAGAUCGUACCAGAGAGCAACAUACACUAGAUCUACACAUGGGUGUUCCAUGGGAAACAGUCACCUUAACAGCCUUUGGUCGAAAUAAACAACUCUAUUAUGAUAUUCUGGAAGAUGCUAGAACUUUGGCCUUAAAGCAGCAUGAAGGCAUGACUGUUAUGUACACAGCAAUGGGUUCGGAAUGGCGUCCUUUUGGACAUCCGCGGAAAAGGAGGCCCUUACAUAGUGUAGUUCUCCGAGCUGGUCUUGCUGAGAAGAUAUUAACUGAUUGCUUAGAUUUCAUUGACAAUCCUGGCUGGUAUACAGAUAGAGGAAUACCAUACAGAAGAGGCUAUCUAUUACAUGGUCCACCAGGUUGUGGAAAAUCCUCAUACAUCAUGGCUUUAGCUGGCCAGCUGGAAUAUAAUAUUUGUGUGCUCAAUUUGUCCGAACGAGGACUUACUGAUGAUAGGCUCAACCAUUUGCUAAGUGUAGCACCACAACAGUCUAUAAUACUGCUUGAGGACAUAGACGCAGCCUUUGUGUCUCGAGAGGACACGGCCAAACAAAAAGCAGCCUACGAAGGUCUAAACAGAGUUACAUUCAGUGGUCUUCUGAACUGCUUAGAUGGUGUCGCCUCCACAGAAGCUCGGAUCGUAUUUAUGACUACGAAUUAUUUAGAAAGGUUGGAUCCAGCAUUAAUAAGGCCGGGGCGUGUCGACAUGAAAGAGUACGUCGGCUACUGCGACGAGCAACAAGUUGCGCUGAUGUUCCUAAGAUUCUACAAAGAAGCGGCGGAACAUUCUAGAACAUUCGCUAAGAAGGUAAUGGAGCAGGGGAAGAACGUCAGCCCUGCGCAGAUCCAGGGUUACUUCAUGUUCCACAAACACUCCACACCAGAGGAGGUCCUCGCCAAUGUUGAAUCUAUAUGGACACUCGGUUGACCUGUGAUAUAUUAGAGCUUUACGAACGAACGGCACUCUGCUCUUUCACGACUGCUGUUAAUGGUUACUUUGUCUGCAGUUGGCCUUUGAUUUGACUGCAGUUGACGUUUUCUUUGACUGCAGUUAAUAUUUGCCAUGACUGCAGUUGGCUGCUGUUGACGUUUACUUUGACUGCAGUUGACGUUUGCUUCGACUACAGGUAAAAAUUGCUUUGACUGCAGUCAACAUUGACAUCGACAAACGAUAGCCGUUCGUUUAAAGAGCGCUUAGCUUAGAAAAAUGUUUGUAAAUAUAAUUGUCAAAAUAGUA